UUGUUGAUCUUUUCAAUGGGAUGCGGCGGGCUUUUGAGCAGUUUAUUGCACUAUAUGCUUCCUAGAAAGAGAGCUGUUGGAGGAGAGGUAGUAGACGACGACAAUCACACCACGGAAACUUUGUUCAAGAAGCCUCGGAUCGAUUCCUUGAUCUCAUCGUCAGCUGCCACCGGUGCCGCAGCAGCCACGGACAACAACAGAAAUAACAACUACAGUAACGACAACAACAACAUCAACAACAACAGCAGCAACCACAGCGGCAGCGACAUCAUUAGACCGCCAACCAUGGCAUUGGAUGAUGGAAAUCCGCCGGACAUUGACGAGGAUCUGCACAGCCGUCAGCUUGCCGUUUAUGGCCGGGAGACGAUGAGGCGCCUCUUCGCUUCUAACAUUCUCAUCUCAGGGAUGCAAGGCCUCGGAGCUGAAAUCGCAAAGAACCUUAUUCUCGCUGGUGUGAAAUCUGUGACCUUGCACGAUGAAGGGGAAGUUGAGUUGUGGGACUUGUCCAGUAACUUCAUUUUUUCUGAGGAUGAUGUGGGGAAGAAUAGGGCUCUUGCUUCUGUCCAGAAACUGCAGGAACUGAACAAUGCCGUUGCGAUUUCUACUUUAACCACUCCAUUGACUAAGGAGCUACUUUCUAAUUUCCAGGCUGUGGUAUUUACUAAUAUUAGCUUGGAGAAAGCAAUUGAAUUUGAUGAUUACUGCCAUAAUCAUCAGCCCCCAAUCUCCUUUAUCAAGGCUGAAGUCCGAGGCCUUUUUGGUAGUGUGUUCUGUGAUUUCGGCCCUGAAUUUACUGUUUUUGAUGUUGAUGGGGAGGAACCACAUACGGGUAUAAUUGCAUCCAUCAGCAAUGACAACCCUGCACUUAUUUCAUGUGUUGAUGAUGAAAGGCUUGAGUUUCAGGAUGGGGAUCUGGUUGUUUUCUCCGAAGUCCAGGGCAUGACUGAAUUGAAUGAUGGGAAGCCAAGAAAGGUCAAGAAUGCUAGGCCUUACUCAUUCUCUCUUGAGGAGGACACUACAAAUUUUGGUGUCUAUGAGAAGGGUGGCAUAGUCACCCAGGUGAAACAACAUAAGGUGCUGCACUUUAAGCCAUUGAGAGAGGCACUGAGUGAUCCUGGUGAUUUCCUUCUGAGCGACUUUUCCAAGUUUGAUCGUCCACCGCUCUUACACUUGGCAUUCCAAGCACUAGAUAAAUUUAUAUGUGAGGUCGGACGGUUCCCCAUCGCUGGAUCRGAGGAGGAUGCUCAAAAAUUGAUAUCAGUGGCUUCUAAAAUCAGCGAGAGCUCAGGGGAUGGAAGAGUUGAAAAUAUUGAUCAGAAGCUUCUACGAUAUUUUGCUUUUGGCUCCAGGGCGGUUCUUAAUCCCAUGGCUGCCAUGUUUGGUGGUAUUGUUGGACAGGAGGUUGUGAAGGCUUGCUCUGGAAAAUUCCAUCCACUUUUUCAGUUCUUUCACUUUGAUUCCGUUGAAUCCCUCCCUACUGAGCCACUGGAUCCCAUUGACUUCAAACCAUUAAAUUGUCGUUAUGACGCACAAAUUUCAGUGUUUGGAGCCAAGCUUCAGAAGAAACUAGAGGAGGCCAAAGUGUUUAUUGUAGGAGCUGGUGCACUAGGAUGUGAAUUCUUGAAGAAUGUAGCUCUCAUGGGAGUUUGUUGCAGUAGCAAAGGGAAAUUAACCAUUACAGAUGAUGAUGUCAUUGAGAAGAGCAACCUGAGCAGGCAGUUCCUCUUUCGUGACUGGAACAUUGGACAAGCCAAAUCCACUGUUGCUGCUUCUGUUGCUGUUUCAAUAAAUCCUCGCCUUAAUGUUGAAGCAUUGCAGAACCGUGCAAGUCCUGAGACCGAAAAUGUUUUUGAUGACACAUUUUGGGAGAAUCUGGAUGUUGUCAUCAAUGCACUGGAUAAUGUUAAUGCCAGGUUGUACAUUGAUCAGAGGUGCUUGUAUUUCCAGAAGCCACUUUUGGAAUCAGGAACACUAGGUGCCAAGUGCAACACCCAGAUGGUCAUUCCUCACCUGACUGAAAAUUAUGGUGCUUCAAGGGACCCACCUGAGAAGCAAGCACCCAUGUGCACAGUUCACUCAUUCCCACACAACAUUGACCACUGCUUGACAUGGGCUCGUUCUGAGUUUGAGGGCUUGCUUGAAAAGACCCCAACUGGGGUAAAUGCCUACCUAUCUAAUCCCAGUGAAUACACAUCAGCAAUGAAGAAUGCAGGUGAUGCUCAGGCCAGGGACAAUCUCGAACGCAUUAUUGAAUGCCUUGACAGGGAAAGAUGUGAAACAUUUCAAGACUGCAUCACCUGGGCUCGAUUAAAGUUUGAAGACUACUUUGCUAAUCGUGUGAAGCAGUUGACUUUUACUUUCCCUGAAGAUGCUGCUACUAGUAAUGGAGCACCUUUCUGGUCAGCACCCAAGCGCUUCCCUCGCCCAUUACAGUUUUUGGCUGAUGAUUCUGGCCAUCUUCACUUUGUUAUGGCAGCAUCUAUAUUACGAGCUGAGACAUUUGGUAUCCCUGUUCCUGACUGGGCCAAGGAUCCCAGGAAAUUGGCUGAUGCUGUUAAUAAAGUGAUAGUCCCUGAUUUUAUGCCAAAGAAAGGCGUGAAGAUUGUUACAGAUGAGAAAGCCACAAGCCUCUCCACUGCAUCUGUAGAUGAUGCUGCAGUUAUUAAUGAUCUUAUUCUGAAGCUGGAAGAGUGCCGGAAGAAGCUGCCUCCAGGCUACAGGAUGAACCCAAUACAGUUUGAGAAGGAUGAUGAUACCAAUUAUCACAUGGACCUGAUAGCUGGGCUUGCUAACAUGAGGGCAAGGAACUACAGCAUCCCUGAAGUGGAUAAGCUUAAGGCCAAAUUCAUUGCUGGAAGGAUAAUACCUGCCAUUGCAACUUCCACAGCAAUGGCUACUGGCCUUGUAUGCCUGGAACUGUACAAGGUUUUGGAUGGAGGACACAAACUGGAGGACUAUCGCAACACCUUUGCCAAUCUGGCCCUCCCUCUCUUCUCAAUGGCAGAACCAGUCCCGCCCAAGGUGAUCAAGCACCGUGACAUGUCUUGGACCGUGUGGGACCGCUGGAUCUUAAAGGAUAAUCCUACUUUGAGGGAUUUGCUACAGUGGCUGAAGGACAAGGGGCUGAAUGCUUACAGUAUCUCCUGCGGCAGUAGUCUUCUUUAUAACAGUAUGUUCCCCAGGCACAGAGAUCGAAUGGACCGGAAGAUGGUGGAUUUGGCCAGAGAAGUCGCUAAGGUGGAGGUGCCUCCUUACAGACGCCAUUUGGAUGUUGUCGUGGCCUGUGAGGAUGACGAUGACAAUGAUAUUGAUAUUCCUCAAGUUUCCAUUUACUUCCGGUAGAUGUGUCCUAGCCAAUUCUGUCUGUUGCUUCAACUCUUCGGUUAUUUAUGAACAAGUUUUACAUAAUUUGAGAAACUCAUAUAACUAAUUGAAAGCAACAACGAUUGCGUUACCUAUAGCGCAUGUAUUCACAAUGCAUGUAAUUUUAUUUGUUAGUUUAUUACUGGUUUUGCUGAAA